AGUGAGGUGGGGUUGGGGAUGGGGGCUGGGGCUGGGGCAGAGCGCGUCCUUGCUCCCCAAGGCAAGGCGGGGACGGGGGCUGGAGCUCAGGGCUGGCGCCGGGCAACUACUCCUCUCCCCAGCCAUAGAUCCUCCAAGAAAGGGAGAGAGAAGCUCUCUAAGACUAAUAGCAGUCGCUCCUUGCAGACCAAAUAUGUCCCAAGUGUCUUCUCUGCAGCAGCUCCUCCAUGGGUAUCCCUGCCACCCCAAAUUAAAAUCAUCUGAGAUCAAAGAGAAGAUUUGCUGUGCUGCAAUCAGAGGCUCAAGUGAGGUUUGCAUAAUGCAGGUGGGGAGAGACUGCAGGACUCCAGGGAUCUGCUCUGCUCCCCAGUCCCGACGCCAUGUGCCUCCUCGCUCCCCAAGGCAAGGUGAGGUGGGAGCUGGGGGCUUGUUCAUUUAGGAAUCACACAAAGUCUGUUAUCUUCUCGCUCUCAAAAUUGGGAAAUAGUCCUGUUCCAUGGAAACGGGUUAGCUGUAUUUAUGUCCAUCCAUCCAUCCAUCCAUAACCUGCCAUAACAAGGGAAAGGUGACCGGAAAAGACAUUUGCACCCCACACACAUUUCCCUUAAUUAGAUAAAUUUACGAAAAUGUAAAUGAUCACACCUUUAAAAAAAACAUACGCAUAGACUAAAAUUAUAAAUGAAAAUCUUUUAUUAGCUUAGGUGAAUACAGGAAUACCACCAAAAAGCUUCUGAAUAGUAGCCAAGAGCAAAUACUGCCUGAGAAUACCAGCCAUGGUUCUGAAUAACAGUGUGCACCGAAAGGAGGAGGUGGGACCAAAGUGGCAUGCUCACAGACUGAAGCAGCGUGCUCACAGAUUGCUACACCUUAGAGGGAACAUUGAUAAUCAUCAGUGAACCUGCUUUACCACCAGCAAAUUAUCAGAAUUUGUAAUCAUGGUAGGUCUUGCUGAAUACCUGUUAUAGUUUAUUAGCUAUUCUGGAUAGUUAAGCAGCAGCCACUAUAUCAGUUUUAAAAGAUUAAAGAUGACUUUGCAGAGUUUGAGUCCUCAGUUUAUUAAUAGCUCAGUAGAUGAAAUACAACAGACAGAUUAUUGGAUUUACUAUAAACUCAACCAACCCUUCAACCUAGUAGCAAGACUGAAGCAUUAUCUUCAGUUUUAUGAUGCAGACAACAUACAGAAGGAAAGGUUCUAAUGACAAACACCUGUAGGCAAACUUCAUGAGCCACACAAAAAGACAGACUCUGAAGAAACUGCACAAGAUUUCCUUCGCACUGAGUUUCCAAAUACCAGAAUGGAACUGUGCCUUGCAAAACCUCCAAAAUGGAUUAAUUAUUUAACUAACAGUAUCAACCUGAAUGCCUAGCCUUAGCUAUGGCUUCCCUUUUUACUGGGAAGAUCCUGAUUGUAAACAACAAGGACUGUGAUGAGCUGGACACAGAGCAUGAACUUCGUCGAAGGUUGGAAAACAAAGUGAUGCUGCUUUAUUUUGGAUCUGGUGAAUGUCCUCGAUGCCAGGAAUUCUCUCCGGUCCUCAAAGAUUUCUUUGUGAGACUCACUGAUGAGUUCUAUGUGGAAAGAGCUUCCCAGCUGGUCCUGGUGUAUGUCUCUCAGGAUGAAACAGAGAAAAAACAAGAAAAGUUCCUGAAGACCAUGCCAAAAAGAUGGCUGUCCCUGCCUUUCCAGGAUGAGUUUAAAAGGGAGCUGGAGUCAAUGUUUGUUGUGUGUGACAUGCCUGUAGUGGUGGUACUGAAGCCCAAUGGAGAAGUGAUUUCUGGGAAUGCUGUGGAGGAAAUCAAGUGUCUGGGUCCUGCCUGUUUCAAGAAUUGGGAGGAAGCUGCUGACCUGAUCAACAGGAAUUUUCUCCUGGCAGAGGAUUUUGAUGACAUGUCCCUGAGAAGCAUCACUGACCCCAUCCGCCGCCUCAAGUACAAGCUGGACAAGAAGAUGAAGAAAGAAGAGAGGGAAAAUGAAGAGGAAGAUGCUAUGUCCUGAUCAC